UUAGAUCUCCUUCAUCCUUCUCGGUGCAUCCAUCAGCCCUCUCUCAACUCGCCGCUGCUGCUUUUCCUGCUCGGUCUAAAUUUUCAAGGGAAGCUCCUCCAGCUUCACUGGAGCAAUUACCUGCCGUCAAGUCCCAGGCAAUUGUUAUAACUUUGGGAGGCAUGGCAAUGACUCUUCGGUCUGUGCUUGGAACGCUGGGGAGUAUGAAUAGUAACAAGAGAGAUAUCCUGGUUAGGGCUUUUAAAGUUUGGAGCACAUCAUUCAACCCGAUGCACAAAUGUAAGGAUGCUUUGCUAACUACAACACCUGGUUCUGGAAAUUCUGUGUGGCUACAUUCCAUUCCCGAGAGUGUUGUAGAGAUUUCACUGCGCCGUCGUGGCCCUCGGUACCAUUCAUCUCCUCAGCCGUUCUAUCUUCCCAUGCAUCAUUCCCGGAUUAUAAAACUUGCCCAGCUAGCUCUGGAAAAAUUCAACGAGCGAAAGAAUGCCAAACUGCAACUUGUGAGAGUGGGGAGUGCUGAUUACCAGAGAGAUGCUGUGUUCACUAUCCACAAUAUAACAUUAGAAGCAGCUGAUUCCGGUGUUAUUAAAGUUUACAAAGCAAGACUUGUUAAGAUGACUUUUCGAAAUUCACCUAUGACACUUAAAUCAUUCGAUCUUGUUGUUGGCGCGGACUGUUUAGUUGAUCUUUUAUAUGGGACCAAGCUUUAGUAGAGUCCCGACAUUUGGCAAGAGAAGGAAGUUCGAGCCAAGAUAAACAAUGGGGGUAUUCACAAAGUUAGCCGGUGCACUAUUGGUUAUAUUUAUUUUUCGACUAUGACUUGUAGUAUGUCACUAUAUGAACAAAGAUGUUUCUAAUAUCUUGAGGAACAGUUGGGAUUAGGGGAUUGUGGAUCAUUAUCACUCUGCAAAGAUUAUAAUUUGAUCGACGCCAAAUGAUUUUUGCCUUUCUAA